UCCAGUCACUUUAAGGCAGUCUUUGGAGUACGAACAACAAAAUACUUGAAUACUUAACAGAAUAUAUUAUUUUCCAUUGGAAAAAGAAAAAAGGAAGUUCGAAUUUAUACUGCAUUUUUUGUAAAUCAAAAAAGAAACAAAAAUGCCUUGCAUUGGUUGUGAAAAGGACUGCAAAUGCACUCCCGAAAAGUGCUGUGACAGCUGCAAAUGCCAGAAGCCUGGAAAAUGUGGCUGCAAUCCAGCCAAUGCCCCCGCAUCAGGUGGAUGCUGCAAAAAGAAGAAUGACUCAGCAUCGCAGGGCCAGUGCUGUGGCAAUGGGGACAAGAAGUAGAGGGCAGUCAUUAGCACAAAUGGAGCAGCUGCAUUUGAUUGU